CGCAUGCGCGAUCCGUUUUUUUCCUCCUUUUUCCUAGAGCCGCCUCGCGCUCGCCGUUGCCGUCGCGCCCGGAUGACGUUGCGCCAUGGCCGCCCUGCUUCGCCGCCAGUAGGGAGGCCCUGCCGCGCCGCCUCAGGGAACGACUCCUCCCGGCCUUCCCUUCGCCGCCUGCCUGCCUGCCUUCCUUCCCGCCGGGCCAGACUAGGAGGCCCUAAUGGAUGCUCCCGAAAGCCCUGAGCAAAACCCCUGCUCUCCCAAUGAGGAAGAGGAAGAAGAGGAGGACAAUGACCAGCAGCUCUCCGACGACGAACUCCUGAAAGACAGCGACUCAGACCAGGAUGGAGAAGAGGGACUGGACAACAAUUUGGGGAAAGACAAUGGUGCCGACGGAUCACUGAGCCACAAGGGGGAAGAAGAGAACCAUUCCGACGAAGAGGACCGUUUAAGCGAAGCCAAGUCUCAGGACUCUGACAACAACGAGCCAAGCGGCCUGCUUAAGGGCUCUCUGUUGGUCAAGGAGGAUAGAGCCAAUGACCUUGCGGACGAAGCCUCCUCUGUCACUCGGGAACUGGACGAACAUGAACUGGACUAUGAUGAGGAGGUUCCCGAGGAGCCCAACACCGUUGCCGCUGACGACGAGGCAGACAAGGCGGCGGGAGAAGAGGAGGAAGAAGAAGAGGAAGAGAAGGGAGACGAGCCCCCCGAAGACGGGAAACAGCCUGGCGCAAAGAGCGAGGAUGACAAGGACGAGCAAGAGCCUCCCAAGGAGAAGAAGAAAGAGGAGGAUGGGGAAAUUGAUGAUGGAGAGAUUGACGAUGACGAUUUGGAGGAAGGAGAAGUGAAAGACCCCAGCGACAGGAAAGUGAGGCCGCGUCUCACCUGCCGCUUUUUCGUAAAAGGGCACUGCACUUGGGGCAUGAACUGCCGGUUUAUUCACCCAGGAGUGAAUGACAAAGGAAACUACUCUUUGAUUUCCAAGCCAGAGCCUUUCUCUCCUAACGGGGCUCCUCCUAUUGGUCCUGGCCCUCACCCCUUGAUGCCAGCCAAUCCUUGGGGAGGGCCUGUUGUUGAUGAAAUCUUGCCGCCCCCUGCUCCAGACCCUCCAGCAGAAAGUGCCUGGGAGCGAGGACUCCGCCAUGCUAAAGAGGUGUUGAAAAAAGCCACGAUGCGGAAAGAGCAGGAGCCCGACUUUGAGGAGAAGCGGUUCACGGUGACCAUCGGGGAGGACGAGCGGGAGUUCGACAAAGAGAAUGAGUUUUUCCGGGACUGGAACUACCGCAUCACUCGUGAAGUCCGAGACUCAACUGAGGUGGACAUCAAAGACAACGCCAACUUUGGGUCUGAUCCUUAUGCGGAUCCUUACUACGAUUACGAAAUAGAACGAUUUUGGCGUGGUGGGCAAUAUGAGAACUUCAGGGUGCAAUACACAGACCCAGAUCCAUACCGGAACUACAGGUUGAGCAAGGAAAGGGAAAGAGAACGGGAGAGGGAGACCCGGCAGCGUGAACGGGAGCGCGAGCGGGAGAGAGAACGGGAGCGCGAGCGGCGCCAGAGAGAGCGGGAGCGCGAACGGGAGCGCGAGCGCGACAAAGAGCGCCAGCGGAGGAAAGAAGAGUGGGAGCGCGAGCGGGAGCGCAUCAAGAGGGACGACAAGGACCGCCAGCACCGAGAGCGGGACCGGGAUAAAGAGCGGGACAAGGAGAAGGAGAAGCCGAAAGCCCGGUCGCCCCAGCCACCAAGCCGCCAGACUGAGCCACCAAAGAAGGAGAAAGAGGUGACUACGACCGGCUCCUCUCAGUCCAAGAGAGCGGACGAGUGGAAGGACCCUUGGCGCCGAUCGAAGUCCCCCAAGAAGAAGCAUGGCAUGUCUGCUUCGCCCAGCCGUGCUCGGCGGCGCCGGAAAACUUCCGCUUCCUCGGGUUCCGGCUCGGGUUCCUCAAGGUCUUCAUCUCGCUCCUCCUCCUAUUCUGGCUCUGGUUCGUCGCGCUCCCAUUCGAGAUCUUCCUCCUACAGCUCCUACUCCAGUCGCUCUUCGAGGCACAGCUCCUUCUCAGGCAGUCGGUCCAGGUCGCGGUCCUUCUCCUCUUCGCCAUCUCCUUCUCCAACGCCCUCACCACACAAACCUCUUCCCAAAGCUAAAGGAGAGCCUGCAGCACCCGUGGGAAAAGGGGAGAAGCCUUUGAAGAAGCCCCCCGCUCCUCCGGCCGCGCCGCCAGUCGUGAAGCCCGCCCCGGCACCCCCGGAGCCACCCAAGCCGGUCGACAACCGAGAGGCCCGGCGGAAGGAGCGCCAGCCCAGGACACCGCCCAGGAGGAGGGGAGCCAUCAGUUGCAGCGUGAGCGGCAGCGGCAGCAGCUACAGCGGCUCCAGUUCGCGCUCCCUGUCGCGCUCCCUUUCCCGGUCGCAUUCCCGCUCCUCCUCGGCCUCCAUGUCUCCGUCACCGUCCGGGUCCAGGAAAUCCAGGUCUCUGAGUGUGAGCAGCGUCUCGUCUGUCUCUAGUGCCUCGUCCAGCAGCAGCUCCGUGCGCAGCGCAGAUUCGGAAGACAUGUACGCGGAUCUGGCCAGCCCUGUGUCCUCGGCCAGCUCUCGGUCGCUGACCCCAGCACAACCGAAGAAGGAGAGAGUAGGGAAGCCCAGGAAAGAAGGCGGCGGCAGUGGUAACGUCAAGGAAGAGAAGCGGAAACGGGACGGCCCACCGGGACAGCCCAGCAAGUCAGCCAAGGCUGCUCCGGGGACGAAGUCCCAGCAGCCGCCCCCCACUCAGCAGCCGCCUCCGUCUCAACCCGCCGGCUUCAGCGCCCACAAAGAGAUCAAACUAACACUGUUAAAUAAAGCAGCCGACAAGGGAAGCAGCCGGAAGAGGUACGAACCCUCCGACAAGGACAGGCAGUCUUCUCCGCCGGCGAAACGGAUCAACCUUUCUCCAGAUAGAGGUCCUCGCGACAGGAAGCCGGCGGGAAGGCUCUCGUCUCCCAAACAGGAGCGCCAGCGGGGCCCCAACCCCAAACCCUCCCCGGCUCAAGCCGACAAGAAGCGCCCGCUCUCUCCGCCGUCCAAGGGCUCCAGCAAAGUGACCAGCGUCCCGGGCAAAGCGGGCGAAGCGGCCGCCCCUCCGGCCCCAUCGGCAGCGGCGGCAACAGCAGCGGCCAAAGCGGGAAAGUCCAGCACGUUGUUGCGGCGGGAGGAGCUCCUGAAGCAGCUGAAGGCCGUGGAGGACGCCAUCGCCCGCAAACGGGCCAAGAUCCCCGGCAAAGUAUAGUGCGCCCGAGACUGGCUCCCGUUGUUGUUGUUCUUUUUUUAUAUAUAUAAAUAUAUAUAUAUAAAUAAGCCGACGAGCAGACACUUCCGGAUUUUGCGGUUCUUGUUUUAUUUUGGCUGUGGAUCCUUUUUAAACGAGAGAAAGAAAGAGAGAGAGACGGAAGAUCACUUUGGUCAACUUGGGAGAGAAAUCACCCCACUUGUGUCCGGCGGCGCCCUUUGGUUUCCGUUCCUCGGCCCCGUUGUGUUGUCUUUUCCAGGCCCCGCAAUGCGCAGCAGACUCUCUGUGCUCUAGUUAGCCUCGCUGUGUCUUUGGAACGUCUCCAGCAACGUGGUUUCUACCGCAGGGGAAAUUUUUCCCCCUUUCCUUUGUCUGUCUUUUAGCCUUACUACCGAAUCCCCGCCAGGAACUAAACCAGUCGGAAGAAUCCCACGUGUCUUUUUCUUCUUGGAGCAAAAGAUUGUUUUAGUUGAGGGGAAAAAAAACCCCAAAAAAAGGUGUUGUCGGGAUGUGUGUCCAAAUGAGGAGGGUCCUUUUUUUUUGGAGGGGUUAUGCUGAAAAAUAAAGUAUUUUGGUAAACA